AUGUCGGACCGCGAAUCCCCUGCCGGUUCACCGGCAAAUGAGCCAGUCGAUGAUGGGCAGGAGCAGGAUUUCCAAGAUGAGGUUGCAGCCGCUGAUUCAGACCGGGACUCGGAUGCGCUAUCUGAAAUCGAUGAAAACGAGUUUGAAGACUACGAUCCGGAGACAGCCAAUAUCGAGGACCGGCCAGUAGAUAUUGACGAAGAUAUUGCGCGUACUCUCAAGGCCACCAAGCGAAAGCGCGUUGCUGGAGAUGUGCCUAAAAAACCACGAGAGGGUCGCCGAGAGAAGAGGAGGGACCGUGAUGAUGAUGUUCCCAUGGAGGACGGCUCAGAACCUGAUGGAAAGGCGCCACGACGAGCAAGGCGAGCCGCUGAAGGCGAGAGACGGCGAGCAAAGGCUGAUACUCCUGAACCCCAGAACGAGGAAGAGUUGAGCCCUGAAGAGCGAAGAAAGAGGGCCAUCGAUCGAGCACUCGAUGCGGCGAUUAAAAAGGGUGGAACGACUAAACGACGGCGCAAGGAUGAAAUUGAUUUGGAAGACGAGAUUGAUGAGCAGCUUGCGGAGCUCAAGGUCAAGAUGGAGCGGGCGUGCCGAGCCGACAACGAAGCACGAGAGUCUGGGCAACCGGCUCUGCACAAGUUGAAGCUUCUCCCCGAGGUCAACGCGAUUCUAAACCGAAACAAUGUGCAGCAUGCUGUUCUCGACCCAGACACCAACUUCCUGCAGCACGUCAAGUUCUUCCUCGAGCCGCUUAAUGAUGGGUCCUUGCCUGCGUACAAUAUCCAACGCGAUCUAUUUACAGCAAUGACCAAGCUCAAUGUUGAAAAGGAAGCACUCUUGAGCAGCGGCAUCGGAAAGGUGGUCCUGUUUUACACCCGGAGCAAAAAGCCAGAACCAAGCAUCAAGAGGAUGGCUGAGAGGCUGCUGGGAGAAUGGAGUCGACCCAUCUUGAAGCGAACGGAUGACUACAAGAAGCGACAGAUUGAAAGCCGUGAUUACGAUUACCAGGCCGCGAAAAUGGCACAGCGCCAAAAGAUUGGAUCGCAGUUUAGCCUCACCCAGCGACCGGCAAUGUCUGCCCGCGACGCUGAACGCGAACGUAUUCUCGCGCCGGUUGGCUCUAACAACCGCGCACGUAUGUCAAGUCUUCCAGAGAGCUAUACCAUUGCUCCCAAGAGCACCUUUGACGGCACCAGGGGCUCAGAACAUCGGCCACUUGGUGCGGGUGGUAUGGAGGCGUUUAGAAAGAUGACGCAGAAGAGCAAGAAGCGAGGCUGA